GAGAGAGAGAGAGAGAGAAGACAGAGCCUCUCAGCUAAACGGACAGAACACACAGCCCUAGCGCUACCGGACUUUGCACUGCCUUGUUCUAUGAUAUUAUCAUCAGCGACCAUCGUUUUCAUUUCACCCCAAUACAAUUAUUGAGUUAUUUGGGAGAUUUCAACCGGGACAUUCGUUAAGUUCCGUUAUAUCGCGUCGCCGUUGCAUGUGCAUUUCAACAGUCACAGUUUGACUCAAGCCCUAAAAGCGGAGCCCAAAUGCCGAGGAAUGGAUAGUGUGACUGAUAACGGUGGAAAGAUGGUCGAGAGUGAUGAGCACUCGGAGAGGGAUAGCGGCGGUGGCGCAGCGAUGGCCGCGCUACAUCAAUGCGAACUCAUCCAGAACAUGAUUGAAAUCUCCAUCUCCAGUUUACAGGGGCUCCGGACCAAAUGCGCCGCAUCCAACGACCUUACACAACAAGAAAUCCGUACUUUGGAGGUGAAGCUUAUGAAGUACAUCUGCAAGCAGCUGCAGUGUAAGCGGAAGGUUCCGGAGCAGGAGCGUCCGGUGGGGCUGGACAGUUUCCCCAGGCUGGGGGACUGGCUCCGCACCAUCAACCUGCGGACGGAGCUCAUCCAGGCAGUACCAGUCCAGCUGUCCCUGGAUGCCCUGCUGCAGAUGCCGGGCUCCCAGGUCAGAGAGACCAUGAGGAGGCUAGGCUCCAGCUCUGAGGAGUGCGGCCGGCUCAGCGCUGCCCUCUCCUGCCUGAAGACUGCCACUGAGUCAGGAGGAGAGCUGAGGGAGGACGGGGGCCCAUGGCUGUCUGAGCCCCCCCGUAGAGACAGCGGCUCUCUGCUUCCCAUGGACCCCCUGGGGUGCCCGCUCCGCCCCCACAGCCCCUCCCCCCUGGCCCGGCCCUCCACCACCCCCUCCACCCCCUCCACCCCCUGCUCAGCCUGUGCGCCCGCUCGGCCUGGCUCCGUCUCCACAGCCCUGCUCUCGGAGGGGGCUUACCUCUACUCAGACACCCCCCUCACGGACCCCUUCCCCAUGUCUGCGGCCCGCGCUGACUGGCUCCAGGGACACACCUCCUCCACGCCCCCUGCCACUCCGCCCUCCAGGAGGCGUCACAGGCUGAAACCCCCCUGCACCCCCCCGCCGCCCUCCCGCAAGGUCCUGCAGCUGCUACCCAACAUUACCCUCACACGCAGCAAGAGCCACGAAUCACAGCUGGGCAACCGCAUCGAGGACCCGCCCACCAGCAAGUGCACCAAGAAGAACAAGCUGCUUCUGAACGUGCAGAUCAAUGGGAACGGGAGUGAAGACCCCUCCACGCGUUCCCCCCACCUGCCGGCCCGCACCCCCGGGGCCACGCCCGGCCCCGCCCCCGCCCCCGGCCCCGCCCCCGCCCCCUACACCCUGCCCGGCACACCCACCCUCAUGGAGGAGCACAGCAGCCUCAAGAAUAACAUGUCCGCACAUCGCGGAUCUCCACAGGCGAUCAGAAGGGAUAUCGGCCUGGCUGUCACUCACAGGUUCUCAACCAGGUCCUGGUUGUCACAGACCUGCCAGGUGUGUCAGAGGAACAUGAUGUUUGGGGUCAAGUGUAAACACUGUCGGUUAAAGUGCCACAACAAGUGCACAAAAGAGGCGCCCUCCUGUAGAAUCUCUUUUCUGCCAAUCACCAAGAUCAGGAGGACAGAGUCUGUUCCCUCUGGCAUCAACAAUCCUGUGGACCGGUCGGCAGACACUCCUCAGUUUGGGACCUUACCUAAGGCCAUCACCAAGAAGGAUCACCCUCCCGUUCUGAACCAGCUGGACUCCAGCAGCAACCCCUCCUCUACCACCUCCUCCACGCCCUCCUCCCCCGCCCCUUUCCCGCAGAGCAACCCUCCCAGUGCCACCCCGCCCCCCAACCCCUCCCCCAAGGGCCACAGGGACAACCGCUUCCACUUCCCAGCUGCCUGCUACUUUCAGCACAGACAGCAGUUCAUCUUCCCUGAUGUGUCCAGUUCUCCUACUCUGCAUCCAGAAGUCCUUCAGGACACAGGCAGCGAGACCGAGCCCUCCGCCGACCACCUGCAUGCCGACCACCUGCAACCUGAGCUGGCCGAGCAUGAAGAUGGAGAGGAGGAAGAGGAGGAAGAGGUCGAGGCUGAGGAGGAUGAAGACCCCUGCGUGGAGGAGGAAGAGGAGGAGGAAGAGGAGGAGGAAGGAGAGGAGGUGGAAGAGGAGGAGGAGGAGGAGGAGGAUGAAGGGGAUGAGAGUGAGAUAAACGGGGGCUCUGAGGGUGAGUGUGAUGGGGAUGAGCUGGAGGAUCUUCCCAGCUCGCGGGGAGGUCACUGGAAGGGCCCCAUCUCCCGCAAGGCCAGCCAGACCAGCGUGUACCUGCAGGAGUGGGACAUCCCCUUCGAGCAGCUGGACCUGGGGGAGCUCAUAGGGAAGGGCCGCUGGGGCAGGGUCCACAAGGGCCGCUGGCACGGAGAGGUGGCGAUCCGCCUGCUGGAGAUCGACGGGAACAACCAGGACCACCUGAAGCUGUUCAAGAAGGAGGUGAUGAACUACAGACAGACCAGACAUGAGAAUGUGGUGCUCUUCAUGGGAGCCUGUAUGGCUCCUCCCCACCUCGCCAUCAUCACCAGUUUCUGCAAAGGCCGGACUCUCUACUCCUUCGUCAGAGACACAAAGAACACGCUGGACAUCAACAAGACGAGACAGAUCGCUCAGGAGAUUGUGAAGGGGAUGGGCUAUCUUCAUGCAAAGGGCAUCGUCCACAAAGACUUGAAGUCCAAGAAUGUCUUUCAUGACACCAACAAGGUGGUGAUCACAGACUUUGGAUUGUUUGGGAUUUCAGGCGUGGUCCAGGAGGGGAGACGAGAAAACGAGCUGAAGCUUCCACAUGGCUGGAUUUGUUACCUAGCACCAGAGAUCGUCCGCAGGAUGAGUCCUGGAAACAACGAGGACCGCCUGCCCUUCUCCAACGCAGCUGACGUCUACGCUUUCGGCACCAUUUGGUACGAGCUCCAAGCCAGGGACUGGCCAAUCACCAACCAGCCAGUGGAAGCUACCAUCUGGCAAGUGGGGAGCGGGGAGGGCAUCAAGAAGGUCCUGGCAGAGAUCAGCCUGGGCAAGGAGGUCACGGAGAUCCUGUGUGACUGCUGGGCGUACGACCUGAAGGAGAGGCCCUCCUUCACCCAGCUGGCCGACCUCCUGGAGAAGCUGCCCAAGCUCAACCGCCGGCUGUCCCACCCUGGACACUUCUGGAAGUCUGCAGAGUUGUAGCCGUCUGUAUGAAACAUGAGCAAUGCAAAACAAACAGCCUGGCUCUGCCUUGCAUGCAACCAAAAUCCUCCGUUCUGAGAGGGUUCAUAAAAGCAUUGCCCCAGCCUGACGUCGACUCUGCUUUCCCUGAAUCUGCCUGUUCUUCCACAUCUGACAGUUGUGUUUCCUUGUGUGGGCGUGGUGGACUACCUCCCUCACCUUUCCCUUCUUGGUCUCCGAGGCCGUGUGUCCAUUUAGCGUUUUUUUCCUGGCAGAAAAGCUGUGGCGUGGUGCUGGGUAGCGCCUUAUCUCAGCAGCUCUUAGCUAGCUAGCUAUUAGUUUAAACAAUAUUUUUGUACAUUAUCGGCUAUUGUAAGUUGUCCUUAGUGGAUGUUUUCAUCUCUCUGACUGUUGAGUGCCUAGCUAUCUGAAAAGGAGCGACAGUGACAACACCAGCGCCUUUCUGAUAAGUUUACAGAUUUUCAACUAGCGGACGCACAAAAAAAUAAGGAAAAAGGACGUUGGGUCCAGCGCAUCUCUCCUCACUGGGAUCCACUGGAAACAGACGCUAGCGCUCAGAAAAGAAACGCUACAUGGACACUCAAUCUGAGACUCUUGCCUUCACCUGUGUUCUAGCUACUCUGCAUUUUGAACCUGAGGCUUUUGUAUGACUGGCUUUUGAUGUCUGCUGGGACUGAAGUAGUGUGGCCGCUGGCUGUGGGCCCUGUCCUUGGCCCGCUGCGCUCUCCUUUGCGUCUGGACAGAGGCGGCACAUCGCCCACAUGCACUGGGGCUUUAAAGGACCCCUGCACUCACUCACGCUCUCUUCUCCUCAUCCUCCGGGAGUCGAGCCACCUGUCUCCUCUUCCUUCGCUCUCUGCACUUGUGUGGUGGCAUGCGCUAGACUCGGUCACCGUGCCGACCACUGGGGUCUGUGUGGACAUAGUACUGAGCAUUAUGUCAAACCGGAACGGUCACCUUUUUGGUUUUCCGAUUCCCAUUUUGAGUGUUCGUGUAUGAAACCUUUAUUGUUUAGGUUUUGGAUGACGGAAAUGAAACGUGUCGAAAGUUUGGAGAGUGUGAUUUGAUUGAGAGUGUGAUGGGACAGUCUGUUUUUCCCCUCUUGUUUCCUGCUCAGAUGAUAGCAUAACUUAUUUUAAACGGUUCAGUGCAUAUAUAGAGAUGAAGGACUUCAGUAUACCAGUUGACAGUGUAAUACCCCUUGCUGUCAGUUUUCUGCCCACUGUCAAUGGAAUAAUAAAAGGUUAUUUAUUACUGAAGGUCGCUUGUUCAGUCACCAAGCAGGAAGUCCUUCUUGGUUGUGGGUGUUAAUAAUGUUUCACAUUUCAUCUAGUUCAGUAAAUUCAUUCACAGUUCUAGAAAAUAGAUCAGGAAACUCACACAAAAGUGUCCUAUAAUUUAUUCUGCAAACAUUACAUCUUGUGCGCACUUGUGUUAGUACUGUUGUAGAUGGCUAGCCUUUGUUCCUGUGUUUGUAUAUAAAUGUGUGUGUGUGUGUGUG